AUGUCAGCUACUGGUACAAUGCAGGCUGUGGUCUUUAAGGAGCCGUUCAAGGUGGCGGUUGAGCAGCGGCCUAUUCCCACUGUGCAGGCCCCCGAAGAUAUUGUCGUGAAGGUGAGAUACACGGCACUCUGUGGGAGUGACUUGCAUGUGUACCGUGGUAUUGAGCCGAGUCCUCCGGGACCUAUCAUGGGUCAUGAGUUCAUGGGUGAAAUUGUUGAGGUUGGCACAGCCGUGACGACAUUGCAGAAAGGUGACCGUGUUGUCAGCGCCUUCACUACCUCCUGUGGCAAGUGCUUCUACUGCAAGCAAGGGUUCUCCUCGCGCUGCGAGAAGAACACCCUCUUCGGCUGUGAGCGCCUAGACGGUGGCCAGGCCCAAUUUGUCCGUGUUCCCAAUGCCGAGGGCACGGUGAUGAAGGCUCCUGAGGGCGUCGAGGACAAGUACCUCGUGCUGAUGGGUGAUAUCUUCCCUACGGGGUAUUUUGCUGCCCACAAUGCCUUUAAGAACUCCACCCCGGAGCAGAUUGCCGAGCAGACCGUUGUCCUGAUCGGCUGCGGACCUGUCGGUCUCUGUGCGCUCAUCAAUGCGCUGGAGUUCAAGCCCAAGCAUCUUCUGGCCGUUGACUCCGUUCCCUCGAGACUGGAGCUCGCUAAGUCUCUCGGAGCCGAACCAUGGAACUUCAUGACCGACCGCGAGGGCCUGGAUAAGCGCGUAAAGGAGCUGACAGAGGGUCGGGGUGCGGAUGCCGUUAUUGAGGUUGUGGGAUUGAGUCCCGCGCUACGCACUGCCUAUGAGUUGCUGCGGCCGUGGGGAACUAUCAGCAGUGUUGGAGUUCACAAUGCUGAGAUUCCUUGGGAUGGGAGUGAUGCCUACAACAAAAAUCUGACUGUUCAGAUGGGCCGUUGUCCCGUCCGCUCGGUCUCUGACAAGGCCCUGGAGGUCUUGAAGAAGAACCAGCACAAACUUGGAUUCAUGACUGAGAAGAUUAUGCCUCUUUCCCAAGCGGUGGAGGCCUAUGAGUUGUUUAACGCGAUGAAAGUGCAGAAGGUAGUGUUCGUGGCAGACCAAUAG